UUUUUUUAAGCACAUAAAAACUUGUGAUUGUGUGAAGUGGAUGUUGAGUAUUUUCACAUUUCUUAUUCAUUGCUUUGACUGUGUUCUGCAUAGACAAAUGUUAAACAGAAUGAUCACAUUAUGUAAUUGGGUAAUAAUCAAAUGGUUGAUAAAAUGCAGUAAUAGAGCCCAAUUAAGAUGGGACUGACUGUGUGCCAAAAAAUGUCAAGGUAACCCAGAAUCUUUCUAACAUUGUUACUCCUUGGUUUUGAAGAGGACAGAGUGAUGGGUGAAUGGAUUGGCCUUAGGGAAACACCGUGCUGGUAGACAGUGCCCACCUCAGGCAGAGGAGAAGCAUGCAUUUGGAUUUUGCCCCUAACCUGCUGGUGACUUGGUGAAAUCAUGCCUGAAUCUGACCUCCUUCCUCGUUCAUCUGGAGCAGAUGAUGGAUUUGGACGUGCUUCUAUGAAGAAAUGCCACGUGUCUCAACUGGCCCAAGAACAAACAUGUCCGUGUCGGUGCCUUUUUCUCAGGACUACUGCCACCUUAGGGGAUUAGGGCUUGGUGACAGCGCGUCCCGGGGAAUCAGGUGUGGUCUGACCCAGGAACAGGAAACACAUCAUCACCAAUGACAUCAUGACAGCAAGAGAGCACAGCCCUCGCCAUGGUGCCAGGGCCCGUGCGAUGCAGCGGGCUUCUACCAUUGAUGUGGCAGCUGACAUGCUGGGCCUCUCUCUGGCAGGAAAUAUCCAAGAUCCAGAUGAGCCCAUUUUAGAAUUCAGCUUAGCUUGCAGUGAAUUGCAUACUCCAUCGCUAGAUCGAAAACCAAAUAGUUUUGUAGCAGUGAGUGUAACCACCCCUCCUCAGGCAUUCUGGACAAAACAUGCACAGACGGAGAUCAUUGAGGGAACCAACAAUCCUAUAUUUCUAAGCAGUAUUGCCUUCUUUCAAGACUCCCUUAUCAAUCAGAUGACACAAAUCAAACUCUCCGUGUAUGAUGUCAAAGAUAGAUCUCAGGGAACAAUGUAUUUACUGGGCUCUGGAACAUUCAUUGUCAAAGAUCUUCUCCAAGACAGGCAUCAUAGGUUGCAUUUAACAUUAAGAUCUGCAGAGAGUGACCGCGUGGGUAACAUCACCGUGAUUGGCUGGCAGAUGGAGGAGAAGUCGGACCAGCGGCCUCCUGUGACUCGGUCUCUGGACACCGUCAAUGGGAGGAUGGUUCUGCCCGUUGAUGAGAGCUUGACUGAGGCAUUGGGAAUCCGAUCCAAAUAUGCUUCGCUGCGAAAAGACACUUUACUGAAAUCGGUGUUCGGCGGCGCCAUUUGCCGCAUGUACCGGUUCCCCACCACCGACGGCAACCACCUGCGGAUCCUGGAGCAGAUGGCAGAGAGCGUGCUCUCUCUGCACGUGCCCCGGCAGUUCGUGAAGCUCCUGCUGGAAGAAGAUGCGGCCAGAGUGUGUGAACUGGAGGAGUUGGGGGAUCUGUCCCCUUGCUGGGAGAGCCUCCGGCGCCAGAUUGUCACUCAGUACCAGACCAUUAUCCUCACGUACCAGGAGAACCUCACUGACCUCCAUCAGUACAAAGGUCCCUCGUUUAAAGCAAGCAGUUUGAAAGCAGAUAAAAAGUUAGAAUUUGUUCCUACAAACUUGCACAUACAGAGGAUGAGAGUUCAAGACGAUGGGGGGUCAGAUCAGAACUAUGACAUCGUCACCAUCGGAGCGCCAGCAGCACACUGCCAAGGUUUUAAGUCAGGAGGUCUCCGCAAAAAGCUGCACAAAUUUGAAGAGACCAAGAAGCACAGUUUUGAGGAGUGUUGUACACCAUCCAGCUGCCAGUCCAUAAUCUACAUACCACAGGACAUCAUCAGAGCCAAGGAGAUCAUUGCCCAGAUCAAUACCCUGAAAACCCAAGUGAGUUAUUAUGCAGAGCGGCUCUCCAGGGCAGCCAAGGACAGGUCUGCCACAGGUCUUGAAAGAACCCUCGCCAUUCUAGCAGACAAGACCCGGCAGCUGGUCACCGUGUGCGACUGCAAGCUGCUGGCCAACUCCAUCCACGGGCUGAACGCAGCGCGACCCGACUACAUUGCCUCCAAGGCCUCCCCCACGUCGAGUGAGGAGGAGCAGGUGAUGCUUAGGAACGACCAGGACACCCUCAUGGCCAGGUGGACGGGGAGGAAUAGCCGGUCUUCUCUGCAAGUGGACUGGCAUGAGGAGGAGUGGGAGAAAGUGUGGCUGAACGUAGACAAGAGCCUGGAGUGCAUCAUUCAGCGGGUGGACAAGCUGCUGCAGAAGGAGCGCCUGCAUGGCGAGGGCUGUGAGGAUGUCUUCCCUUGCGCAGGCAGCUGUACCAGCAAGAAAGGUAACCGGCACAGCCACGCCUACUGGAUCAAACCGGAAGACCCCUUCUAUGAUGUCCCCUCCUCGCCAUGCCCCUCCACCAUCUCCUCUGCUGCAUGCCAUCCUCGCCUGACCACACAUUGCAGCCCCCCUCCUGACGAGUCCAGCCCAGGUGAAUGGAGUGAGGCCCUUUACCCCCUGCUGACCACCCUCACAGACUGUGUGGCCAUGAUGAGUGACAAGGCCAAGAAGGCAAUGGUCUUCCUGCUCAUGCAGGACAGCGCUCCCACCAUAGCCACGUACCUGAGCCUGCAGUACCGCCGGGAUGUGGUCUUCUGCCAAACUCUGACUGCUCUCAUCUGUGGCUUCAUCAUCAAGCUGAGGAACUGCCUGCAUGACGAUGGCUUCUUGCGUCAGCUCUACACCAUUGGGCUGCUGGCCCAGUUCGAGAGCCUGCUGAGCACCUAUGGUGAGGAGCUGGCUAUGCUGGAGGACAUGAGCCUUGGAAUCAUGGACCUGAGGAACGUGACCUUCAAAGUCACUCAGGCCACUUCUAAUGCAUCAACAGACAUGCUGCCCGUCAUCACUGGAAAUCGUGAUGGGUUCAACGUGCGGAUCCCUCUGCCGGGCCCCCUGUUCGACGCCCUGCCCCGGGAGAUCCAGAGUGGCAUGCUGCUGCGGGUGCAGCCCGUCCUCUUCAAUGUGGGCAUCAACGAGCAGCAGACACUAGCCGAGAGGUUUGGUGAUACGUCUUUACAAGAAGUUAUCAAUGUGGAAAGUUUGGUGCGGUUAAAUUCCUACUUCGAGCAGUUUAAGGAAGUUUUGCCUGAAGAUUGCCUACCUCGAUCUCGGAGCCAGACCUGCCUCCCAGAGCUGCUGCGAUUUCUGGGCCAGAACGUACAUGCCAGGAAGAAUAAGAACGUCGACAUUCUCUGGCAAGCUGCUGAGAUCUGCCGCCGCCUUAACGGGGUCCGAUUCACCAGCUGCAAGAGCGCCAAGGACCGCACGGCCAUGUCGGUGACGCUGGAGCAGUGCCUGAUCCUGCAGCACGAGCACGGCAUGGCCCCGCAGGUGUUCACCCAGGCCCUGGAGUGCAUGCGCAGCAUUGGAACACGGGAGGUAGUCACCCAGAAGAACUUGAGCGGCCUGGUGCCCAUCCGAGACUUAAGACUAGACCCCAGCCUCCUCUGUUCCAUCCCUUUGUUAGCCUUGAGCCCCAAUUUACUGAUUGUGUGGCUCUUCCUGAGCAUAGCAUACCUGGUGACCAAAUUACGUUGCAAAUGAGUAUCAUUACGAAAAAUCAGUAAUAAGUCACAAGAAAAACAAAAGUGCCAGAAUAUGUCCAGCCACCUGUGUACCUAACUGGACAGAAGGAAUGUGUCAAAGCGUGGUCUGCCAAGAAAUAUCUCAUGCCUUACAGUUUGAUGUUUUGUUGUUCUGAACUGUAAAUACCUGCCAAAUUAUUUCACCAAGAGGACUUGUUCAUUUAACUUCCGUAGAGUUUUCAGUGCUUGUAACACAUUCUUACAGGGCCCUGUCACUGCAUUGUUUAGCUGGCCUGGAAUUACUUGUACCAAAUCUCUCACCUUCUGAUGUAAAGCAAUUUAUUACCUGUAUAUCUCAUGUGCCGUGUUUCUGAGAGAAGCGAAUUCUGUCUGGAAAGAAUUUGUAUAUUUGAUACUAUUCUUGAAUGUACUGCUAAACUUUCCUUUCCUUUUAAAGAGAAACGAAAAGGAUAGAUGCUUUAUAACUGGCUCUUCAAGAUAAACCUAUUUAAUAGGACAUGUACUUUCUGCUUUCAUUUCAAAGCGUAGUCCCUGAACUCAGAGUAGCAAACACUUUGCAGAAUCGUUCCAUUCCUUGCUUGUGUUCAUGAUUUCCAGUCCAAGACGACACAAAGCUGUGACUGUAGUAGCACAUUGUACCAAAUCGGGCACAUCCAAGUAAUGCUGCAUGUGACUUUACAUUUACUCUUUUAAAUCUCUAAGGAUCACUAAACUGACUCCAGGAAUGAACGCAUACAGAAACAAAAGGCUGGUCAAGUGAUAGACAUUUAUUUUUCUUGAAGCAGGAUUUUUACAUUUAAAACAUUGCAUCUUUAGUUACAGAUUAAAGUCCAGACAUCUUUUUCUUAGAAAGCAAAUGUGAUUCAUAAUAAUAAGCAAAAAUCAAAGGAAAAAUGACCCAUAAAAUGAGGCCUAACCUUUGGGCAUUUGUGACAGAUGGAACUGUGAGAAAGAAGGAGUUGCUUUGGUUUCUGCUAUUAGCGCUCUCUUGGUGUAACACGGCGAUGUCCAGAAAAUGGGAUGGUUGGUAAGCCUAACUUUUACGUUCGCCGGAAGGGUAGUUGAACAUCUGUAAAGGUAAUAGAUUAAAUUAAGGGGAAUUCCACAGAUUUUCUAUAAGAAAUACUCAGUGGCUUCUCUGUUUUCUAGUUCAAAUUAUGUCAUACUUCUGUUUUUGACCGCCAGCCGGUUCCCCAUACACUGUAUUUUAUGAAAGUGGAUUUCUUUUUACCAGUCUAGAAACACUGGAGUGAAUUGAGAGAAGCUGUCUUUCCCAAAACUUUUUACUCAUUUGUGCCCACAAACCCAGUUUACCACAAACUCUGGCCUCUCUAGACCCUCCCCAAGAUGUCCAGAACUUACCCUAGGACUCCUCUGGUUUGCCAUCAGUUCUGAGUCUAUUAAUUGUAGAAGCAGUUAGCAUGACAAAUGAUAGAUUCAGACUUUAAAUUCUAAGAUAGAAGACUGUCCUUCUCGCACCUCUGGGAGGCCCUUCUUCCCCAGACCCCCUGAGCACUGCUGGAGCCCCAGGGCAGGGCUCCUGCUUGUAGGUGGAGCCAGUCUUUUCACAGGUACAGUGUGGCCACUCUGUCUUUUCCAGAACAACUGAGGUGACCAUUCCAUGGCAUAGCUCCUGACAUCCUUCACUAGGGAGUCUCUCCGUAUGCCAACACAACACUGGUCACUGUCUAACCUGUGAUUCUUUGAGAGGUGUGUUCACCUCCUGCCUCCUUCAAAUUGAGGCAUGUGCAUCAGUGCUCCGAGGCCAUUUUAUUUACACUAUAUGAAUGGGAGAAAGCAGAGUCUGCAGGCCCUUUCAGCUCCCAUUCCAGGCUUCCCAGUCCUGCUCUGGCUCAAGUGCUCCCGAUACCCCACGGUGGUGACACGUGCCUGUGCCCACCUCCAGGCCUGGCAGAGAUUGCGCCCAGGUGAGGGAGGCCCUUCUGAUUACAGAGAGUGUCCUCUCCACUUCCCAGGCCUAUGGGUGUUCCUGUGCCAAUCCCCAGAGCCCCCUUCCAGGAACCCCCACCCAGCAAGGGGAGGCCGUGGCCUCUGAGGGGGCCUUGUGGACAGCCCGGCCUGCUCCUCGCUGCCAUGGCGCCAGCCAGGCCUUCCUGCCUCAUGUAGAAUUGGCUGCUAAGUUGACAGGGAAAUAAGUUGGACAGGGUUCUUUGUCUCUUCAGGGGCUGAGUCAAAAGGCAGUACAUUCUACCUGUAUGCUUGUGAGGGUAGCACAAGAAAGGACACCAGGAGGUCAGCCUAGGCUGUGAAUUGUUGUUGUUGUUUUUCUUCAGAACAUCUGAGGAAAGAGACUCUGUAUGCUCACCCUUUGUGUGCUGAGUUUUAGUAUCACUAAGGCUUUUUACUUACGAAGUCAGACUAAAUACAUACGUCUUUUCUGCUUUAGUGAGAAAUAGGCUGGAUGAAACAAACAUGGGAAGAUGCUUCAAGGAAGGGGAGUCUGGUACUUGACGGUGAUGGUUUUCAGGCUGCCGCUGAGGUGAUACUGGCUCUGGACGGGACACGGUCAGUGGCUGCCAGCACUAGAUAUUCAGGAUCACUAAGACCCUAGUGUGUUCAGAUGGGUUCUAAAGUGGAAGAACCACACCAGAAAGGGAAAACCAGAGGACUCCCUAGAACCAGUUGUCAUUUGGGUUUCCAUUCUAAUUUCUCAUUCAAAAAAUGGAUGUCCUUGAAAUAAUUUACCUAUAGAAUAAAAACAAUCGUGGAGCUUUGAAAUAGUUAAAUCCCUCUUUCUAAACUCUACCCAAGACCUUCUCAAAGUGUGCUGUUGACAACUAAAAACUAUGCAGCCGAUGUGAUCUGUAGAAGUGUUCUACCUUAGGACAGGAGGCUGGUGGUGGGGAGCCUUCUCAGUGGGGAGUGCCAGUUAGCACGGCAUGCCCUCUCCUCUCUGCACAUAGCAGCCUCCAGCAUUAAUGCCAGAGCUCAUGCAAACAUGUGAUGACAGUGUCUACGUGCCAUCAGCCUCACCCAGGCAGAUUUGGUAAAUUCAAAACAUUUGAGAAAAGUAAAUACGAUGUGCUUUAGAAAUUAAAUUGCAUUGAAAGUGUAAUCUUGAUUACAAUUUCGUGUGUAACGAAUUCAGCCAGUUAACCCAGUAAUUAGCUUCCUUAACAUAUGUAAAUAAAAGAUAAUGUCCGAAUGGACAAAUUAUUCUUCUUCGCUCCUCAAAGCAGUUCGGCAUUUAAUAGUGAUAGGUGGUGUUUGAAAAGUGUGUGCAUUUGUAUAUAAAUAGAGAAGCCAUAUCUGAAAUAGUUUGAUAAUGUGAGAGCUUCCAAAGAUUAAGACUAACUGUGCAUAGGAACUUACAGCUUCUGCUUUAAAUGGAAUUAUAUUUUUAUCCGAUUACUGGAUGUUAGACAAACAUGAUCAUUAUUGAUUCUAGGGCCUCCCUGCUCGUCUGGCCUAGGCUUUCAGCUCUUAUGACACACGUCUUGCUGAGGGCUUGAGGCUCUGGUGACAAGGAAGCAUAGCUGAGUUACUAAAUUACUUAAUAACAAAUCAGGUGGAUACUUUUCUAAAAUACCUGAGCUUAUCUUUUGAAUAAAAUUACUGUCUUACCAAAAAUAUUUUACAUGUUCUUGAUAAUAAGACUGUCAUUUUCACUUUAAAAGGCUUGAGCAGUUGCCACUGAUAUUUUUUUAAAAUGCAUGACAUAAUGGUCUUCAUAAAAUUUGAAAUAUUUUUUUUAAAUCACUAUUUCUUGGUAACUCCAAAUUUUACAUCUCAUAAAUGGGGAUUUUUGUACUGAAUUUGAUAACUAGUUGACUUAAUUGCUAGUCUUCGAAUAAUACAAAAAUGUAAAGUUAUACUGUGCUUAUAGGAAGCCGUUUAUAUUUAGAAUUGCUUUUGCCUGUUAAUUUGGUGUCUACAGCAGACCAUUUCCCAAAGAACUCCCCUGAUGCUCUCAUUUGGGAACGAAUGUGAGGCCUGCCUGAUGUCUCAUCCUCCUGUUCAGCAUUUGCUCUGCCCACUGGGUUGCCAUGACAACCCUCCAUCCAGUACAGCUGGGGAUGAUGCUGGUAGCCAGUUCUCUAGGGAAGGGCACCUGUGGGCUCUCACUGGCUCUGCGGCACCCCUGUGAGAGGUGACCACAAUGAGGACAGCCCUCCUAGAGAAGGUGACUGGCUGCCACGGGGAGAUCUCAGUGGGAUGACUCCUUCAUGACAUGUCUAGCCCUGAUGGCUGUGCAGACCCCUCGUGCCACCACUGCAUGAGCCCACUGAUUGCUCUGUACCCAGGACAGCUGCCUCCUCAGUGGGGACGGCAUGUUAUAGCAGUCUUCUCGGCCAGAUGGCUUUGCUACAUUCUGCAAGGAAAAUGAGCAUUUUCAAUUUGAGGUGAUUCAUAGCUAUUGCUAAUAAGAAAAACGCAGCUCUUUAAAAGCUUUGGUAAGAGUAGCAAUAUUUCUUUUUCCAUUUAAUUUGUGACAUAACAGAACCUUUGAACUGCAAAUUAUGAUAGAACCCUCAAAUUACUGGACAUGAAAACCAUUACGUGAAAACCAUUAACUUAAAACCACAAGUUUGCUUCUACUUAGAUACAGUGCUGCCUCUGGAAAUGCCAGGCUCACAGCCCCAUACAGCAUGUGUCCAUCUCUGUGCUUCUUAGUUGCCUUUCUUGUUUAGAAGCCCGCCAUCUUGCGUGCGUAUUGUUGUAAAUGAGUCCGGCACCCAUUUGAAUUAAUCAACAUUUUUUUUAAUGCUAUGAAAAUAAUCAAUUCAUUUCAUUUUAGUUUAAGUCUUUUCCUUUUUCCUUUUUUACUGCUGUCAUUUCUUGUGCUUGUUUUUUUCCCCAGUGAGGGUUGUCGAAGAGAAAAUACAAUGAAGAAUGUUGGAAGUCGCAAAUAUGCAUUUAAUUCCCUGCAGCUGAAGGCUUUCCCCAAGCAUUACAGGCCUCCCGAAGGGACUUACGGAAAAGUUGAAACAUGAACACACGGUUCCUCUAAUUAGCUGUCACAUACUAAAUGUGGGUACCCUCUAGUGUCAUAUACGAAUUCUUCAAGAAGACCUGAAGGAUUGGUUUUUAUUUUUGUGUUUUCAAACAAAAUUCACUAAAAAGUCUAUGGAGCAUGUUUUUUUCCACUGGAAUCAAUAGGAGGUAAUGUUUGGCUCAAUAGCGUGGAUACUAAUGACUGCCCAUUUAAAUAGCCUCAGCCAUAACCACACAGAUAUCAUUGAUAGUUACCUGUAUGAAUCAAGCUAGAUAUGUCUGAAAUGCUAAAAGACUUUUUAAAAUGCCCACUUAGGCAGCUGCACACCUAAUGUAUUUUUCUACCGAGUAACUCAAAAUUGAGCAUUGAAUUACAGUCUACUUUAAAAAUUUUUGAAUGUAAAACAGUAAAUAAUAUAUUAAAGAAUUGGAUCCUGGGCAGAUCAGUAAAUGUUGAAUGUUAACUCAAGUUUUGGGGAAAGAAGGUAGCUCCAGCUUGAGCAGUGAGAGCAGUUGGUUCCGAUAAAUCGUCUUAUCUGUAGCAUCACAGGUGAAAUCAGAAGGUGAAGUAAAGGUUGCUAAAUCAGCCCGAGGUAAGACUUCACUGGAAGGUAGUACCUGCACAGCGGCCCACGCGGGGGGCCCACCUCCGCCCCCCGCUGCGCUGUAGCACAGGGUGUGUGCUGGAGAAGGACGCCACUGGCCUGUUCUCCCCAGCUCUGUGGCUGGUCCUGCCCCCAGGGCUCGCCUCCCUUCCUCUCCUGGGUGUUGAAUUCUGCCACUCCAGGACCCCGCACAUGAGGUGUCUGCUGCCUUUUAGACAAUAGUGGGGGAUUUAUGCGUGUAGGUGCUGGAAGCCUAAGUAUUUUCAGAACAAAUGUCCUUUUGUGGGUUUCCCAAUUUAUCGUCUUCUAGAAGACAAUCCUGUUGGAUUGUCUGAUGAAAGUGUCUCUUAGGUUUGCAGUAGUUGUUACUGUCCUCUUUACCUUCUGUUAUGUAAGAUGACUAUUGAGAAAGUUGAAAUUAUCUCCUACAGUGAGAUUUUGAAAGGGAUUAAUGGGCCAUAAACUUAGGAAUUUCAUAGAAAAUUAUGUCUGAUCAUCUAUUAUAAGAUGAUGAUGAUGAGUCUUAUCUGCACAUAGCAGAGAUUUUUCUUAGUUUAUGUGUUUAUCAAUUCUGUUUAUCAUAAUUAUGUUUACAUGUUAUUUAAAAGGCUGUAAAAUAUAUGUGGCACAUAUCCAUGAUGCUGAUCUUAAUGAUUUGUGAACCCUUAGGAAAUCCCUAGGUCUAAAAUUAUAGAUAUUAUUCUUGGGCUCCUUUAGAAAUGCCAGUUGGAAACAUGUGACAGACUUGGAUUGCUGAGGCACAGGCAGUGCCACCCACAGGCAGGGACGCAGGGGUGGGCGCAGGUGAGGGACUGCAUAACCUUCCAGACCCUUCCUAUACAGUGUGCAGACAGAGCCUCUGCUCCUCCUGCCCAUUGGGCAGGUGUGAGUGGAUGUGGAGGACGCACCAGGAGCAAUGGUCACAGCUCGCUGCCUCUCCCACAGCUGGCUCACUGUGGAGGGUGCAGGUAGAGACACUCCUAUCUACCAAACCCGCUGCACAGGUGGCAUCAGCUGGCAUCACAUCAUCCUGCUGUGUCAGUCCCUGUUCAAAGAUGGUUUCCAGUAUGGGUGAUUUGGCCUCUCGCCUCUCCCCCAUAUCAUUUAAUUUGUAACUUUUCUAGUACCUACGUAUUUCCAUCUUUUCUUAUGUUAACAUCACUACCUUUCAAAAAUUCCCUUGUCUUUUUAAAUUAAAUGUCACCCAUAUUGUUUCCAGAAUAUUUUUUUUUUUUUUUUUUUUUUGUCUGAUGAGCAUUAAGCACCUGCAUUGGUCAAAAGGGAAUAGAGCAAAUGUCGAGUCAUCCGUUAGCAAUUUUGCAUGUGGCACCUUUAUGUGAAUUAUUUUUCGAACUUCAGCUUCAUAUUAAGGAUCACCACAAAACUCGAAGACUUGGCUAACCGUGUAGAGAAUGUUCAGGUUUCAGUGUUCUAUGUGAGCGUCCCUGGGCCCCCGUGGGAGAGCAGCCUCUGGGCGGCAUCACGCCCUUCUUUCGCUUGCCGUACGAGGGCGCCCUUCGUGGUGGCCGGGGCUCCUCGAGUCCGGUAGGAGCGCUGAGUUUCCAGCUGCGCAAGGAGAGCCGUUGUACAGGUUACCAUAAAACAGAGGUUCCGUCCAGUGUACCUUAGAAGGCCUCUCGUUUAAAGAGAAACGUUGAGACAUGCUGAAACCCCGGGAUGUGGCGUGGAUUCUAAGUACCUGCAGCACAGUUGCCUUUGGUUUCCUUCAAAAAUGUACAAAUAUUGUAUAAUACUGUUUUGUCCCUACACAAUUGUUAUUUGCCAAGCUUCGUGCAUUAAAGUACUUUUAUUUAUUUGUUUUGGGUGGGCAGUAGUAAUAUAUAUGAACAUAUAGUUACUGUUUUAUAUAUUCUGGGUUCAUUCGAAGCCAUGUAUGCUGUAAAUGUGCUAGUCUUUAGAAUGACAAAUAAUAAAUAACUGACAAGAACAUUAAA